CUGGCUUGGUAGGAGUUCAGAAGCUCACUCGCUCUCUUCUGUCUCUCUUCGUCCCGUUCAGGCCUACGCCCGCUGCACCGUCGCUACCACAUCUUCCCUUUCCUCACGCACCACCCAUCACCUCCUUCUCCUCCACCACGUCCGCACGACCACCCUCACCACCGCGAUCCUUUGUCGCACCACAGUCGUUUCCCCUCCUUUCGCCUUCCCUUCGCACGGAUAUCUGUUCCUUGAUUUUUCUCUGGACUCGAUCGGCAGUCCACAGUCGUUCUUUUCUGCGCGUCCCUGGCACCGCUCUUCUCCUUCCUUCAGCUCGUCCUAGCUUUCAGCUCUCUACAACGCCCUCCCCGGAAGGAAAGAAAUUCGACUUCGUCUGUUCGAUCCACAAACCGGUCUGCUCCAGAAGCAUCCGCUGGCCUUGAAACACAAAAGACAUUGAUUGUUGAGAAUCCCUCCAUUUUCCCAACCUUGCGUCUGGACCUUGGCUCCGUCACGCAUUGUCCCAAGCUACACCUCGACUGUCCGCCAACCACAAACCCAGAUAGCCGGUUCCCUUUUCCGCUGUCGAAAUACCGUACUCCUGCCGACCGACGCAUGCAGGAAACGGGAUACAUCCUUGUGUAAAGAGCACGAUAUUCUUGAUUGCACAAAGCCUUGGACCGAGAAAGAGUCCCAUCCAUCUUUGGUCUCUGCGUUACCCAGGGCCGUGGCACUUGAACGACAGUGGCUUUCCUUCCCCCCCUUCGCCUAACCAUCGCGGAAGACGCUGCCCAUUGCAAUCGAUAUGAUGACCUCCGAGCGCGAACUCCACUGAACAGCCGGAUAUUGUCGCCCGCCUUUGGAUUCUUGGAUUCCAUCAGAUCUUGCUUUAUUGUUGUCCCUUACCUCUCUUGUCGGAGCCGAUCCUCGGAACGACGUGGUGACGUUACUUCUCUCUCUUCCUGAGGUCGGCCUCCUGAAACCAUGUCCAUGCCUAAGCCUCCCUUCGAGCUCGUAAAUCACUGCUCCGCCGUCUGGAACCAAACGCUGUAUGUCUACUCGCCACAAGGCUUUGCAUCGCUCCCUCUUGAGCAGGAUGCCCAAUGGCAGACUCUCGACCCGGGCAUUUCCGUAACGGGCGGGCAAUGCGUGCCCGCCAUGAUUACCGGCAGCGAGGCGCUGUAUAUUGUUGGCGGCACGACUAACGGUUCCGCCGCGCUGACCAACUACCCGGGCUUGCAGCGUUACGACUUUAACGCUGGCACGUGGGAAACAAUCACUCCAGCUUCUACCGUCACGCAGAAUCGUGUCAAGCAUGGCGCCGCUUUCAUUGCGAACACUGGCUCCAUCGUCGUCUAUGCCGGAACCCAGGAUCCUAACGCGAGUGGUCUGGGUCAGGAAACCUUCGCCAUCUCGACAUCCGCACCUUACGACGUAACCUCCUACAACUCGCAAGGAGCUCCGGCCUUGACUUCGCCCAUGCUCAUGCCUUGGUCUGCUGACCAACUUGUUCUGAUUGGCGGUUCUGCAGACAACACACAGGUCUGGCUAUUUGGCGCAAUACCAGGUUGGACAAAUCUGGGAACGUCUUUGCCUUCGGGGCUGGACCUGGACUCGCCGACGAAGAUGUGUACCGUAGUGGCGGGCACUGACGGCAGCAGGGUGUUGGAGGUGUAUGACAUGGGAGUCUCACCUAAUGUCGUGACUCGAUAUGCUCUGCUUGUCAACGGAUCGCCGGCGCCGGUAGGUGAUGAGGUAGCCCCCCCUAGCGCGACGACUUCAGCGUCGAGAAGGCGGUUGCGAACGAAACGUGACCUCACGAUUGCCAACUGGCCCGCUUACAAUAGUACGCUCGCGCCAACCACAACACGCAGCGGCUUUUCCCUGGCCGAAGACGUCGACGGCUUAGCAGUAAUCAGUGGCGGCAACAAUGACGACCCGAUUGCUCUGUUUAACCAGACCACAAACUCGUGGCAGAACGCAACAAGCUUUUUCGUCAAGGAACAAGUUCCCCUUACAACGGCAACCUCAUCACUUUCAUCCUCGGCUGCAGCCACGUCUACAGCGGCCUUCUCGUCCACAAGUUCGUCGGUUCCCACAUCGGCCUCCAGCGGUGUUCUCGGCACAGGCCAGUCAAAAUCGAAGGUUCUCACGACGCUCGGUGCCACGUUAGGUGCCAUCCUAGGUCUUGCCGCUAUUCUAAUUAUAAUACUUCUUCUCCUACGUUAUAAGAAGUUGCAACAGAAGAGGUCCGGCCGUGGUGUGAACGAGAAGGAUCAAGACCGCCUCAGCUUCGCGGAUCAGGGUGCGGACUUUAUGAAGGAGGCUGGCGGUACCCGAGGCCGUGGUUUCUCGGGUUCCAAGUCCGCAGCCAGCUCAUUAAAUUCGUUGCAGAUCUUCCAGAACAAAACCAUCGGGCACCGAAAGGCGAUGCCCAGCGAUGCGAGCCACGCGCCGCUUUCGAAGAACAAGAGUCCGCUGGGUGUGAGCGAGCCGCUGGAGAUGUCACAGAUGAGCCAGCGCUCGUCGGAGACAUUCACUUCGCGCUCGCUCGACUACGAGAAAUCGGAGUUGGCGAACUCUCCACCAAAGAGCUCGACGCUCUUGCCAGCGACUGCUACUGCCGGUGUUAAGGACUCCAAGGAUGGCCGCACGCGAAGUCAUGGCUGGAGUCGUUACUUUGCGAACAAUGACGUGACUAAUCUUGCCUCCAUCCAAGGCGGUGCCCGCAACACGUACAACACAGAAAUCAGUGAGAUCUCAAAGUCCUCAGAUUACAGUGACGUCAGGUCGAUGGAGCGCGGACAAGCGAUACCACCGCUGGAGCUGAAUCUAGGUCCCAAGUUUGAAGGCCAGAGGUUGAGCGCGGUCAAUAAGGGCAGUCCGACCAUGGGCCGGUCGACGGAGGACAUCCAAGAGGGCUUGCAGGCGGAGAUCCGUCGAGCAGGUUCAACAAGUUCGCGAGGAUCGACAGACGGGUUCGAGCUGUCGUCGAGCAAGCCUGCUCCGGCUACUCAGACGACGUACACGCCCAUGUCUACGUUGGACCGAGACCGACGGGCUGAUACUAGGUCCAUCAGUAGUAAUUACUCUGGCAGCAACCCGUUCUUUGGCGCGAGCAGCGAGUACAAUUCACGACCCAGAAAAGGAAGUAUCGGGGCGCCUGCGCUUCCACAGCUAAAUUUCCGCAACUACGGCGAUGCAUCGAGAGACAGCCAGGCAAGUGCCGUGACCGUGUUCCCAAGUGGCAUUGACUCGCCCAAGUCAAAUACGUUUGGGGCGAAGAGCUACGGAACAAACACCAACGUCGCUGGAUCAGGUGGCUCAGGAUCAGCGGAUUACUUUGCGCCACCGCGGAAUGUGUUUGGUGGUGUUCAGCAUCGUGAUAGCGGAGCCAGUGACGUGACGGUCUUCCCAGGCGCGCCUGCCUCCACACCAUCUUCGAAUUUAGGCGCGUCAAGCAUUGUGCCCCAGUCCUCGUCCAACGGAAGGAGCGCUGCGGGCGGACGCAAAAUGUCGGCGCCCCAGGAGAUGGCCUGGCUGAACUUGGAUGCUGACAAAGCCUUCUAAACCAAGCAGCUGAUCGCGCCUGUUCCUCCCUUGCCCACAUUUUCAGUCACUCAUUUCCUGCUCAUGGAUUCCUUGACGGCUGGAUCUUUCAUGUACGGCAUAUUUCUAUCGACUUUGGCUGCCAUUGCCGCACUUGGGAGGAUCCUCACGAACCAGAUACCACAGACGUCCUUUAUCUUCUCUAAACCGAAAACUGGGCUUCAUGGCGUCUGGAAUCUUUUUAUAUCUCUCCCUCCGCUCGUCACACCUACAUCUCUGUGAUACGCCUCUAGAUCAUGUCAUAUUAUUACUUUUGUGGCGCUUUUCAGUCGCCAACUCUCACACGGCUUUACGCUUCGAUUCCUGGGUACAGGCAUCAUACAUAUACACCUGGGAAUGAACGUUAUUUGCAUUGGAGCUAAGAACCUAGUGUUUGAAUGUACAUAUUGCGAUCACGUUCCCUCCGCGUCUUUUGUUUUUAUUAAUACUUUCGUCUCGCUCCUCAGUGGGCUUGAGACGGUAUCUUGAGGCUGCAGAGAAGAGGCUGUGAGGGAGCAGCUCGUGCGGUACGUUUUAGUGCCGAGACAUGCGUCUGUAAUUGUAUCAGAGCGAGCACUGCGAACAUUGUCUCUUUUUUUUUGUUGCUUGUUUACUGGUCUUUUACCUCUUCCUAACUUCUGGGAAGGGAAUAUAUAGUAGAGAGGAGAGCUGACGGGUGGCGCGAAAAAAGAGAAGCAUCAAAAGAAGAUACCACAACUCCCACCUUUCCUUGUGUGCAUAGGGUAUAAUGGAACGAGCUAGCUGGCUGGACUGUCACGGUUUUUCCUUGAUAUUCAAAUUUUCAUCCUCAUUUGUCAUUGUCAUUGCCUGAGGCCGGGGCCAAUAUGAGAUUGGAGGGAACAUUGUUUUGUAGCAGGGCUGAUAAAGGGCUUUGUUCCUUACUCUCACCAUCUCCAUCUCCCUGGAACUUGGGUGGGCUGGAAAAAGCUCGCCAGGGACGAGUGCUGCAGUGCAUAUGCAUCUGGGCUACUCUGUGUAUAGUGAUCUGGUAAACACUGGAGACGAGUGCUUAGCAAACCCCGUUAAAAGACGAU